CUGUGCUGGGACUCAGCUGCCGCUCUGCGUGGGUCUCUCACGCUCUGCGUGGGUCUCUCACUACGUUAACUCCCUUCCCUUUGUGGAUUAUUUUUUCUCAAAGCAGCAAAAGGCUAGUGUUGUUACUGAUCAGAGGAUAGCAGUUCCCAAUUCUCAUCCCAAUCCCUGUCCUCGGAGAAGCUGACCUUCAGGAUGAGGGGCGCCAGGCUGAUGGGGGCACUGCUCGCCCUGGCCGGCCUCCUGCAGGGGGCCCUGGCCCUGAGAAUGGCGGCCUUCAACAUCCGGACCUUUGGGGAGACCAAGAUGUCCAAUGCCACUCUCUCCAAGUACAUCGUGCAGAUCCUGAGUCGCUACGACGUUGCUGUAGUCCAGGAGGUCAGAGACAGCCACCUGACAGCUGUAGGGAAGCUGCUGGACACACUCAAUCAGGACGACCCCAAUGCCUACCAUUAUGUGGUCAGUGAGCCGCUGGGCCGCAGCAGCUACAAGGAACGCUACCUCUUUCUGUUUAGACCUGACCGCGUGUCCGUGCUGGACAGCUACCAGUACGACGACGGCUGCGAGCCCUGCGGGAAUGACACCUUCAGCCGCGAGCCUGCCAUCGUCAGGUUCCACUCCCCGCUCACGGAGGUCAAGGAGUUCGCUGUCGUGCCCCUGCAUGCAGCCCCGCUGGACGCGGUGGCGGAGAUAGACGCGCUCUAUGACGUCUACCUGGAUGUCCAGCACAAGUGGGACCUGGAGGACAUCGUGCUCAUGGGCGACUUCAACGCCGGCUGCAGCUACGUGGCUGCCUCCCAGUGGUCCUCUAUCCGCCUGCGCACAAACCCGGCCUUCCAGUGGCUGAUUCCCGACACCGCGGACACCACGUCCACAUCCACGCACUGUGCCUAUGACAGGAUCGUGGUGGCAGGAAGUCAGCUGCAGCACGCCGUUGUGCCUGAAUCAGCCGCCCCCUUCAACUUCCAGGUGGCCUACGGCCUCAGCAGCCAGCUGGCCCAGGCCAUCAGUGACCACUACCCCGUGGAGGUGACGCUCAAGAGGGCCUGAGGGGAAUGGGGCUGGCGCCCCCUAGAGCCUCCCUGUCUGCACAGUCAAGCAUUGUGGAUGAGGUUUUCCUGAGCACCCUCUCCCCGUGGUCCCCUGAAAUGUCACCACAACUCAACUCAGCAACUCAACUCAACUCGAGUUUGUGGAAGGAGGGAUGGAGACUGGUCACCUCCACUUCCAGUGUGAACACGGGGUGGGGGUGUGGCAAGGGCACGCCCUCCGUACCUUCUCGGGCCAGACAAAAGUUUAACAUGGAGAUUGACAAAUGCCUUUAAUUUAAGUAAAUAAAGCUCAAAGGGGGAGUUGUCA